GCAAGAAAUGAAGGAGCUGGAGGAGCUGCGAGCCUUCAGGAUCAAGCAGAAGCUCGAGAUGGAUCGCGAACGAAUGGCGUCCGCAAACCCGCCGAGAGAAGCCAACAUGAUCGGAAGAGCAGCCAGCGGUUCAAGCUCAGUCCGAAACUCUCACGAGAGCUUGCCAGAAGAGCUCAUCAACAAGGACUCCAAACUUCAUUCCUUUGCUAGUGCGGAACAGGCGCCGCCAGUCGCUGAUGUCUCGGACGACGCCUUGGCAACUGCGCGCAAGAGCAAGAACAUCCCGCCGGAGCUAAUCAGCCGGGAAUCCAAGUUGCAAUCAAGGCACGUGGCGGAGGAGGAGGAGACCGAUCCUCAAGCACUGCCGCUGAUCGCAGAGGACAAGAUGACAGAAGAUGAGAAGGAGCAAGAGCAGGAGCAGGAGCAGGAGCAGGAGCAGGAGCAGGAGCAGGAGCAAUACGGUCGUCAACAGCAUCAAGAAUACGCUGAGGAGAUGCAACCUGACGCCCAACAGGGUUUAUCUCUCGUCAGCGCUGAGCCUCAGGAGGUACCUAGAGCUCGAGUAGAGGACGCGGACAGGGUGGAAAGAACAAGAGGGCAGCUGCCGGAGGGGUCGGAGGUGAAUCGAAACCGAAUCGACUGGGAGGCCUUGGCUGCCUUGCCGUACCUCAAGGAGGUGCGGGAAGACGAGGAGGCGGCGAGAGGGCACGAGGACGCUGGCAAUGAUAAGCAAAAGGAUGUGAAGAGGAGCAGGAUGGGGAGAGUCCCAUCCAGGCCGACAAGACAGCAGGCGGGGAAGCAGAAGAGCGGCCGAGCUGAACUGCCGACGGUAGACAGGAAGGUAAAACUCGUUGCACCACACCAGCACAGCCCUCGCAUCAUCUCCUCCUCCUCUAGGAUGAUCUUCUACUCUGGACCGUAGACGGUCGAACUUUCCAAUCAAUCAAUUAAACGUGGGGUAGAGACU